GUAUUUGUGGGUAGCCUACGUUACCUCCCUUAGGUUUCCCGCGAGCGGCGUGUACCUAGCGUUGAGUACACGGCGUGUAGUCGUCCGGUGUCUUGGCGUGAGUGUGUGUGCGCGCGCUAACACUGCAGCGGCCCGCGUGCUAUUUUUAGAUUGUGUUGUGAUUUCUUCAAACCCUUGGAUAAAAUCUAAAAAAAUCAAUUUAAAAAGAAACCAUAGUCGUUAUAUGAUUGUUUUUUUUAAUUCUUAAAAAAGGAUACUAAAACAAUUUGAACCGCAAUUUUUCAAAAGAGACAAACGUUCCAAAGUGUCUGACGUCACGAAACAUCUCCGUACGUCAUCGUUGCAUCCUUCUAUCCGGAUUACGUACCCUCUCUAAAUAACAUCUGGUAACCAUGACAACGUACUGCUCCGUCAUCGGCCUGGUGUUUCUGGUGCUAACCAACCUGGCCAUCAUCAUCACCUACGCCACGCCCUACUGGCUGGAGCACAGGAUGGGCUGGAACCACGGCCUGUGGGCCCGUUGCCGCUCGGACUCCUGCACCUGGCUCUUCCAGGAGAACUACAAGAUCAUGACAAACUCCAAUGUCGAAUCAGAAUGGUGGAUCGCCACCAUAGCUCUGACGUCACUGGGCCUGAUCUUCGCCCUCUUCUCCUUGCUACUGGCCACCAUCGCGUUGUGCUGUGAGUGUCGCAGGUGUAACCCAAGUGUCGUCAUCGGCGUCCUGCUCUUCAUGGCCUUUCUAUGCCUGUCCGUGGCGGCGGUCGUGUUCGGCGUCUGCUCCAACAAGUACGACAACGCCGGCAUCCACUACACCAUCAGCAGCGGCGUCCGCUUCGGCUGGUCUUUCUGGUUGGACGUGGCGGCGGCGGGGCUGGCCCUUCUGACGUCACUCAUCUACUGCCUUGUAGGCCGCGGGAAGUCAGCUUAAGGGAUCUUCUCACAUGAGCAUCACACUAUCUUAAAUCAUCUACAAACAACUAUUAUAUAUAUAUAUAUAUAUAUAUAUAUAUAUAUAUAUAUAUA